GCGGUGCUUCCGUGGUUUGUUUUCUUCGUAUGUUGGUCUUCCGAAAGCCUCUGGUUAUGUCGGAACUGUGUUGAAGUGCGCGAAGGGGGUGGUGAUAAAUAUAAUGAUUUUUAUUUGGACUUUUUGAUAUUAGAAAAUGUAUUUUGAAUAUUCAUAGUUAUUCGGAACUAACAGCAAAGCACCUGAAAUUAAAUCCCCAGAAAUCAAAUUUGAGACUCAAAGUAAAUUAAAUGUAAAUAAAAUUAGGUAGUGUCGGCAAUUAGCUCAACUUCGCAAAUAACCACUUAUGAGCGGUUUAAGCCAGUGAACUUUUCCAAGUUGAUUAGUGUUUAUUAACUCCGCAAAUUCGAUUUCCUUGAUUGGUCCACUAGGUCUACAAUUAGUGACCCUUAGUGGAAUAAAUUGAAUUUACAAGUGAUUGUUGCGGUUAGAUCAUAUGGAUUGAGAACGAUCUACUAGUGCAGUUUUAGUGCCUAUUGGAUUACCCUAUCAAUUAUUGUGGAUUUAAAAAUUAUUAUAUCAAAGGUUGAACAUAGCUCUAAUAUCGUCCGUCCCAUGCAGCAGCUUUCCUGAUAUUAACUCAACAUUAGCAGAAUCAAUCCACCAAAGGUUCCAAAAAUGGAAGAGGACGAGGAAGAAACUAGCAUAGAUCCAUCGACAGGCACCAACCUUCGAAAAACUUCUUCUACGAUCACUUUAAUUCAGCAAGAUGUAUCUAGGACCGCAUCUGCUUCAACUCUGGUGGCUGAGCAACUGGAAGACGAGGGAACUACAACCGCCACUCUUACCAAAACCACUUUGAUUCAAACCACAGCUAUCAGCGCCACUUCCCAAAAAAUUGCCACUGUGACUUCUGAGAUUGGAUCAGGCUGUGUGCCUCAAUGCCAAAUAGUCACUCAACAGGCUAGUGGCGAUUCGGUAGAAUCAGAAACGGACAGUGUGAGCUUCAGAGUUAGCCCAAGAUACUCACGCCUAAACACCCCACACUCCAGCUCUAGCCAAGAGGAAUUUGAUUUGCCCGUUAAAGGACAGUUUUUAACAACUGGCCAGCGAACAGAAACUGCUCGUAGCAUGGAAAGCCUCAAGACAGCUUCUCGUAGUUUUCUGAGCACCAGCGAGAGAGAUGUGAGAAAAAUGUAUUCUGAAUCUACAGAGGCUAGAAGCUUGGAAAAUAUUGAUAGGGAAAUGAUACUAAAACGCCAUGCAGUUAGUGGAGAGGGCGCUGCUUUGUCUCUGAGCGCUUCCUCUGAGAUUAGUGCCGAGAAAAAGCGGGGGUUAUGGUCCGGUAGAAUGAGAGUGCCUCAACAUCUCAGCUUGCCCCCUCCCGCAGGCUAUCUUAGCCUUAGCCCUGGUGAAAGGAGGCUGACCAUUCUUUCUCCUCACUCCCCACAUAGAACACCGGAAUUUAUGAGCCUUUCCCAACAAACCACACUGAAAACUCGAAGAAAAAAGGCUACAAUUUUGCCACGAUUGAUCUUACCCAGAAGUGACUCCGAUAUAAGUGAAGCUUUCUCCGAACAUGGACUUGAGAGUUUAGAAGAACAUGGCCAGCUGGAGUGCAAGUUCGGACGCAGAUUUCUCAGUUUUGAUGUUGAAAAUGGAGCUAGUCCAGGUCGCAGUCCAUUGGACGGCAGUGCUUCGCCAUCCGCUGGAUUGGUUCUGCAAAAUUUACCACAGCGUCGUGAAAGUUUCCUCUAUCGCUCGGACAGCGACUUCGAAAUGUCGCCCAAAUCGAUGUCCAGAAACUCGUCCAUCGCAAGCGAAAGAUUCAAGGAGACUGAAAACAUAUUGGACAGAUCUCAUGGCGAAGAUUUAAUCGUCACACCAUUUGCCCAAGUUCUUGCCAGUUUGCGAAGCGUUCGCAACAAUUUCCAAUGUCUCACCAACGUACCAUCAAACAAAUCUCGUCGUUCCUCGGGAGCCACUGCUGUUACCACGCCACAGCCUCGGAACUUAAAUCCGGGAGACGAGGCUUAUUUGAAAAUGGCAAUGGAAACCAUGGAAGAACUGGACUGGUGCUUGGACCAACUGGAAACCAUUCAAACUCACCGAUCUGUAUCAGAUAUGGCGUCAUUAAAGUUCAAACGCAUGCUGAACAAGGAACUGUCUCACUUCUCGGAAUCCAGCCGUUCAGGAAAUCAAAUCUCCGAAUACAUUUGCUCCACCUUCUUGGACAAACAGCAGGAAUUAGACAUCCCCACCGCCCUCCGUCCCGAUGAGCCCGCUGAACCGCCCAAAGGGGCGCAGCGCAAAGAGCGCCCCAGGGCGCCCACCACCAUGUCACAGAUAUCUGGGGUGAACCGAAAGUUAUGUCACACCAAUUCUUUCACUGGCGAAAAACUACCCACUCAUGGCGUUGAAACUCCUUAUGAAGAUGAACUAGGAAAAUGUCUUAUGGAAAUUGACCGAUGGGGUGUGGACAUGUUCAGAAUCGGCGAGCUUAGUAACGAGAGGCCCCUAACAGCUGUAGCUUAUACAGUGUUCACGAGCAGAGAUCUGCUGAAAACCAUGUUGAUUCAGCCAAAGGUGCUGGUGACGUACAUGAUGACUGUCGAAGACCAUUACGUAAAAGAAAAUCCUUUCCACAACUCUUUGCAUGCCGCUGAUGUAACUCAAAGCACCCAUGUACUCCUCAACACGCCGGCUUUAGAAUCAGUGUUUACUCCUUUGGAAAUAACUGCAGCUCUUUUUGCUGCCUGCGUUCACGACGUUGACCAUCCAGGUCUAACCAAUCAAUUCCUCGUCAACACAAGUUCCGAAUUGGCAAUCAUGUAUAACGACGAAAGCGUGCUGGAAAAUCAUCAUUUAGCCGUGGCUUUCAAGCUACUGUGCAAUGAAGGCUGCGAUAUGUUUGCCAACAUGAGCAGAAAACAAAGGCAAACCUUGAGGAAGAUGGUCAUUGACAUGGUGCUAAGCACCGACAUGUCUAAACACAUGACCCUGUUGGCUGAUCUGAAAACAAUGGUUGAGACCAAGAAAGUGGCUGGAAGCGGCGUUUUAUUGCUGGACAAUUACACAGACCGGAUUCAAGUGCUGGAAAAUUUGGUCCACUGUGCCGACUUGAGCAAUCCAACUAAACCGUUGCGCUUAUACAGACUCUGGGUAGAGCGCCUGAUGGAAGAAUUCUUCCGUCAAGGAGACAAAGAACGCGAGGCAGGCUUGGACAUAUCCGCUAUGUGCGAUCGUCACUCUGCAACAAUCGAAAAAUCGCAGGUCGGUUUUAUCGAUUACAUUGUACAUCCUCUCUGGGAAACCUGGGCAGACUUGGUGCAUCCCGAUGCCCAAGAUAUCUUAGAUACGUUAGAAGAAAAUCGCGACUGGUACCAAAGCGCCAUACCUGCCAGUCCUCCGGCCGAAGAAGACCAAGAUGAUCCUCAACGUUCUGGCAUCCGCUUUCAGGUGACAUUAGAAGAAGGCGAUGCCGAAUCCGAGACGGAAUCAGCUGGCCCAAUGUGACGGAGGCUGGCCGGCCUCUGCAGGAAGCUCACUGAAAAAGUGACACAAUGGUGGCGCACUAGACCAUAAAGCGCUGGCGCUGGGCAAGUGCGAACGGGACAGAUGCGCAGGCGCAUUACCCGACAUGUAGCUGAUAGAAGAUUCAAGGCGAAACCAGUCGUUGAUGUCGUUUCGUUUUAGUUUUUUGGCCUCCUCGACCUUCGACGUUUUGCCUUAACCGUGUAGAAGAGACUUAUUUCUNCCUACUGACUGUGCAUCUGUAAAUAAGUCAUUGAAAUUUACUGGAAAAUGUCUGUCAGUGUAAUACUCACCUCCCCCCCUCGUGUAUGUAUAGGUACUAUGUGUCUUGUCAGCUAUAUUAUAAACACAACAAGUAAAGCUCUCUCCAUUUUAAA